AUGUUGUCGCGGUCCUCCCAAGCUGCAGCAGAUCUGCUUAGCUGCCAACCCUUACCGAUAUGCCGAAAAUGCACGCUGUCGCCCGCACUGCGUCGGUACGAUGUAUUCCUUCGCUCCAAUAGCCAGCAAUCCGAGCCCGGGGACGAGGACAAAAGGGCACCGCCAAGACACACAGCUAAAAGGCGCUUUCAUCUGAAGGAUUCCGCGCGUCACAAAGGACAGUGGGGCAAAAGAGUGCCUAACCCGGUCCCAGCGCUGGGUGAAUCAGCGGAGGUGCUUCUCUUGAGGGAUCGAGAACGCCGAUACCCAGGCCGAGUCAAGGAUGAGUCCGCGGAUCAAAGCGGCCUGUCGCUGAUGCUGGGAGAUGUUGAGACCUCCGAGACUCUAGUCGACGAAGAUUUGGUGACCGAGAAUAUCGAAUUCCUCCGACGUUACAAGCCAGGGGAUAAGUUGUCCCUCGACGAGUGGCACGAUCACAGACGAAAGAUCUGGAAGUCUCUUAGCGUCAAACAAAUGAGUGCAUAUAUAUCUGAGUUACUGGAGAAGGAGGAGGAUGGGAAGGCUUUAGGACAUGCUUCUGAAUGGAGGCCGGGAAUCUCGACAUUUCUUGACACAGCUGAUGUGCGCAAUGGCGUUAGAGUUACGAAAUCACAAGAGGAUGUGACCACAAAGGAUAUUCUAGCCGAAACGAUUCUCAGAGAUUGCUGGAAACUCGGGGUUAUUGGCGAAACUGGUCAACUGGAUUACCAGCUCCCGCCACCUUUGUUGUCACUCCUCGUUCGAUCCACCAACUUCUCAUUCGAGGUGCUAGCCAGCCUCCACGACGUUCAAGUUGACCUGACACAUUCUAUUGGACUGAUUCGGAUAACCGGAAGCCAAAAAGCAUGCGAAGCCCUUCGUGAUGUAGUACACGAUGCUACAACCAGGAUACGAGAGCAAGACAUUCAAUUAUACCCACAAGAUGAUCCUAGAGCCAAAGUUAUCGAUCGAAUUUUCAAGCCAGAAUUCCUGUCAUGGAUCAGCACGACUUACGGCGUGGCAUUUGAGCAACAUGCCUCAAAACCAAGCAAAUUGUUUUACUUGGCCGAAAACAAACAGGGUGCAGACGAUGCCAUGAGAACACUCAACCUAGCGAUACAUGAUACAACUGCUCCUCAAACACCAUUUGGCACAUAUGUCUCUGCCUCUGAGUCUGUGUCAUAUCACGAUUUCAGCCCAGAGGAUAGCACAAUUUGGUGGAACCGGGAAAAGCCAUGGCUUCGGUGGGCUGUCCCACCAGCUCAAUCAGCUAAGGCCAAACAUCUCAAAACGCCCCUUUUCGACAACCACGAAACACGCCUCCCCGACGAGCUUCUGAAACUGCUCCGACAGAAAUCCAGCCCCAACAUCGAUCACGAAAAUGACGUCAGAGUGCACGAGUCCGUUUCAGCGGCCGUUGGCAGAUGUCUUUUCCAGCGCAAGCCGUCCCUCGUGAACGAGACCAUCAGUGCCAAUCAACUCGGCAAACUGUCUGUUCCUCGGACUUUUACCACCGAUAUCCCUCAAGUGGCAUCCAUUCUUCGUCGCCUGACCCCUCUUUUGCCUACCUCCACCCGACAUCACCGCAUUCAACUCGUCCCGUCUUGGAAACACGCAAACGUAUUCCCAACCCUUGACGUUGAGUUUACAGUGGGAGUGGUACACGGCGAUGAUGUGAACCCGACUGUCAAUGUGCGCCUGCAGGAUGCCAAAACGAUUCUAUCCAAGACCACCGUGGAUUACUUGCUUCCGGAGAACGGGCUGGAUCUCCGAUUCACGCGGAAGCUAACCCGCGACCUCCUGGAAGGAGCUCAAAUAACCCCUUUCCUCCUUAACCUUCAGCAGACCCUGGAAGAUGUCUUUCUCAAGGCUAGAACCAACCGGGAGGACAGACCGCUUCCCGCCUUCAUAGACCUUUCGCUCCCGAACGACGCCUUGUCCAAUGCCAGCGAAAAUACGGACCCCAGUGGCGAAACCGUGGGCGAAUACAUGUUCCUGCCCGUGAACAGCAUUCAAUCCACAAGCAUCCAUCGUUACCUCUACCAGGGCCAUUUGCUCAACUACUCUUAUUUCGAAAGCGGUCCGUACUAUGCCCACCGGAACACGGACUGUUUCCUGGAUAUGAAGUUAGCCAAGGACUCGUCUGUUUCUGCCUACCAUGAGGUGGGUGAUUCGAUGAAAGCUAGGGAUUUCAGCUCCUUUUAUAAAGCUGCUUGUGCGUUGGCUUUUGAUGUGGAUAAGGCCUGGCGUGCAACGCCAAUGUCAUAG